AUUGGGUGUCGGGUUUCUAGAGAAGCCAAUCAGCGGCCAGGAUUCCCGACUAUAAAGUCCCCACACUCCCUCGACUCGUUUUCCGCAGAUACGGAGGAUGGGGUCAUGUCGUCCCGAAGCCUCCUCCUGCUGCUCUCGGCAGCCCUGGCCCUGACCGAGACGUGGGCGCGCUCCCACUCCAUGAGGUAUUUCCACACCUCCGUGUCCCGGCCCGGCCGCGGGGAGCCCCACUUCAUCUCCGUGGGCUACGUGGACGACACGCAGUUCGUGCGGUUCGACAGCGACGCCGCGAUUCCGAGGAUGGAGCCGCGGGCGCAGUGGAUGCAGAAGGAGGGGCCGGAGUAUUGGGAGCGGGAGACACAGAGCGCCAGGGACACCGCACAGGGUUUUCGAGUGAACCUUCGGACCCUGCUCCGCUACUACAACCAGAGCGAGGCCGGGUCUCACACCCUCCAGUGGAUGCAUGGCUGCGACCUGGGGUCCGACGGGCGCUUCCUCCGCGGGUAUGAACAGUUCGCCUACGACGGCAACGAUUACCUCACCUUAAACGAGGACCUGCGUUCCUGGACCGCGGCCGACACCGCGGCUCAGAUCUCCAAGCGCAAGUCAGAGGAGGCCGGUGAGGCGGAGCACCAAAGAGCCUACCUGGAGGACACGUGCGUGGAGUGGCUUCUCAGACACCUGGAGAACGGGAAGGAGACGCUGCAGCGCGCGGAUCCCCCAAAGACACAUGUGAUCCACCACCCCAUCUCUGAUCAUGAGGCCACCCUGAGGUGCUGGGCCCUGGGCUUCUACCCUGCGGAGAUCACACUGACCUGGCAGCGGGAUGGGGAGGACCAGACCCAGGACAUGGAGCUUGUGGAGACCAGGCCAGCAGGGGACGGAACCUUCCAGAAGUGGGCGGCUGUGGUGGUGUCUUCUGGAGAGGAGCAGAGAUACACGUGCCAUGUGCAGCAUGAGGGGCUGCCGGAGCCCCUCACGCUGAGAUGGGAGCCAUCUUCCCAGCCCACCAUCCCCAUCGUGGGCAUCGUUGCUGCCCUGGCUGUCCUUGGAACUGUGGUCACUGGAGCUGUGGUUGCUGCUGUGAUGUGGAGGAAGAAGAGCUCAGAUAGAAAAGGAGGGAGCUACUCUCAGGCUGCAUGCAGCGACAGUGCCCAGGGCUCCGAUGUGUCUCUCCUGGCUUGUAAAGCCUGAGACAGCUACUUCGUGAGGGAUGAAAAUUAAGGAUUCCUCCACGCCUCCCCUUUAUGAGCUCAAGAGACUCUGCCUUCUCUUUCUGCAAAGGCAUCUGAAUAUACCUGUGUAUAUUAGCAUAAGAGGAGGUGGAGACACAGCACCCCCCGGUGCCCACCAUGACCCCUUCCUCACACUGACAUGUCUUCCUUCCACAUGAAUGAUGCCAAGUGGAAAUGGUAAGGUGCAGCUACCACAGAGAGCCCCCACCAGGGAAAUGUCUAGUGUAUCCGUGGAAGCCAGGCCACUGGAGAGAGUGCCUUGUGGAGUGGUGGGAGCAGGACCCCAGAACUGUGGAGUCAGUAGCAACAUGCAAUGCCCACUUGGGAAAGCUUCAGGCUCCAGACUCCAACCCACACGAGCAGCCACAUGGGCUGCCCCCAGCAAAGCCACAGGCCCAGGGCUACCUGAGGCCUUGGGGGCCCAAUCACUGCUCCAGUGUGUCCCUGAGGCAGCAGUCACAGCAGAUUAUUCUCCUCUUCCUGUGAAUUUUUACUUUGCCAUUUCUCCCUAUGUGACAUGGUGGGGCUUCACCUGUCUGGGCUCCAGUUCCUCGAUUUGUAUGUGACAUCGUUUACCUGGGAGGGUUAUUACAAAGCUAAUAUAAAGUACCUGUGCUGUGGUUUGAAUGUGUCCUUUAAAAAGCAUGUGCUGGGAACUGAAUCCUCAGUGCAACCAUAUCGGGAAGUGAAGGCUAAUGGCUGGCCACAGGGGUUCCAACCUUAUGAAAGAAUUCAUACUGAUUAUAAAAGGGCUUGAGGUUGAGGCAAGUUCAACCUCUUGCCCUCACUCACCCACUUGCCUCCACCAAGAGAUGAUACACAAAAACACCCUCACCAUAUGCCAGGAUCUUGAUAUUAGACUUUUUACCCUCCAGAACCAUGAAAUAAAUAGCUUUGCUUUAAAGAUUA